UCUCUUUCUAUAUCACAAUGGACUGCUCUAAUGUUACCGAAUAUUUUAAUAUUGGAUUAGUCAACUACAAAAAUAAAGAGUAUCAUAAAGCAUUUCCAAUGUUUUUACUAGCAGCCAGUAAACAAAACGCUAUGUCGCAAUUUUAUUUAGGCCGCAUGUUUGAAAACGGCCAAGGUACGCUCCAAGAUAUUAAACAGGCUCAUUUUUAUUACCUCCAAUCUGGAAAUGAAGGGUGUGGUAUGGCACAGCAUUAUUUGGGACAGCUAAACAGGCAUGGAUGCUCUGGUAUGCCAAAAGAUUACAGCCAGGCAGUUAAUUGGUUUACGAGAGAAUUCGACAAAAGUAAAAGCUGUGGUUAUCUGCCGGGUCAUUCUUAUUAUCUUUCUGGUCAAAUUUAUGAGGAAGGGGGAUUUGGAAUUGAAAAAAGUUAUGAUAUGGCUCUUUAUUGGUAUCACAAAGCUGACGAGAAUAGAUAUGCAGGUGCUGCAUUUAGUAUCGGGUUAAUUUAUAGAAAAGGCAAAGGCGUCAAGCAGAACUAUAAACAAGCAAUUGAUUGGUUUUUAAAAGCUGCGUCGAAUAAAGAUUACGCCGAAAAAGCAUACUACAAUUUAGCCGUGAUAUUUAUUGCUGGAGGAAAUGGCAUCGAAAAAAAUUUUAGGCAAGCCUUGGACUGGCUCAUGAAAUCUGUUGACAGAGGAUCAACUCACGGUACGUUAGCCAUUGGAAAAAUAUUUCGAGACGGUGGAUUUGGGGUCGAUAAAAAUCAUAAGAAGGCCUUGGAUUGGUUUUUGGAAGCUGCUAAAACAAAGUCUCUUACUGCUUACUAUAACAUUGGAUUAAUUUACCGUAGCGGUGGAUACGGUGUUGACAUAAGUUACCCGAACUCGCUGUACUGGACCAUGAAAGGUGCUCGCAUAGGACAUCUUGACUCGCAGUAUGGCAUGGGAUUAUUAUAUACUUUUCGGACUGAUGAAAAACAAGACUUUAGACAAGCUUUUUCCUGGUUCCAAUCAGCUGCCAAUAAUAAACAUUCCCACUCUCAAUUCUAUGUUGGAUUUUUUUAUGAAAAAGGAUAUGGCGUUGACAAAAGCUAUGAAAAUGCCAUGUCAUGGUAUAAAAAGUCCGCUGAUAAUGGACAGUUUUCGGCGUAUUCUAGUAUAGGAUUGCUCUAUCAUAAAGGCUUGGGUGUUGCACAAGAUCAUGGAAAAGCACUAGAAAUGUAUCGUAAGGUGAUAAACAUGACAGGAGGUCAUUUGGAUUAUGGAUCUGCAUUUCAUGGCAUUGGACUAUUAUACCAAGAAGGCAUGAUUUUCCCUCAGUCUCACGAAACCGCAAUGCAUUAUUUUCUUAUGGCAGCGGAACUAAACAGUGCGGAAGCUUGUAACAGUAUCGGGAACAUAUAUAACAGCGGAGAUGGUGUAAUCAUUGAUCAUAAAAAUGCAUUCAAGUGGUAUUCUAAAUGUACAAAACUCGUUGAAGAAAAUUUCGAUUUUUGUGACGAAGGACUAUUUAACCUUGGCUUAAUGUAUUUCCAUGGUUUAGGCACACACGUGAGUUUUGAAAUGGCGCUCGUUUAUCUAAACAAAUCCGUAAAGCAAGGUAACGACAAAGCUCAGACAUAUAUUGAUCGGGUACACCGUCAACAUGCACAAGAAGCACAAGGUUAUCAGCUUUUGUUAGACAUGAUUUACUCGUUUGGGGAAGAGGCAUCAGGAAAUAAGGAAAACGUGGAUAUUCUAAUGAACCAUUCAGAUGGUGUAAUAGAGCAUGGUCAAAAAGAGUUAAAGCAAAAUUCAACAGGUUAAAGUUUUAAAUUGGCAAUUGAGGCAUGAAAUUACAUAUUGUAACAAUUUAAUAAAAAAUGUACUCUG